AUGUCUUUCUUCGGCGGGUUCAGCGGGUCCCGGCAUAACACCUCGGCGCCUGGCUUUUCUCAAGCCCAUGAUCCUUUCAUGGGCCUGUCUAAUGCCGCCGAGGGUGACGACGGUGCUCUCGAGUUCGACGACACUUACGACGGGUUGGGUGACCAGCUGGACGAGACAGACGAUGCGUUCAACGAUGACACAUUCGGCGAUUCCGGUGCGGGAAACGUUGGGAAGGACUUCGACUUCUUCGGCCGCACUGCCCAGGUUUCUGGCGCCAUAGAAGAGGAACACCUCCGCUUCUCUAGGCAACAGCCCACCGCAGCUAAGCCUACCGCGCCCCCCGUCUCCGCCCCGGUGCAUGCUACCUCGUCCGUUCAAUAUCAAUACCAGCCCGCCAAGAAACCCGUGCGGACCGGUUAUGAAAAGUACAAGGAUUCCGAGGUUGUACCCGACCUACAUGUUGAUCAUAGUAUCUGGGGAACGGCGCCCUCGAAACCUGCAGUUCAGGCAGUAGCUCAACCCGCUGCCCAACCGCCAGUCUCGUCCGGGCGAAAGGUGAUGAGUUUGGAGGAAGUGGAGGCUGCCAUGCGCGCGCAGGCCCAGAAGACGCCCCAGCCAACUUCGUCUCAGCAAGGCCAAGCUCAGGGAGGACAGAUUCUAGUGCCUGAGAAUGGCGAUUUCCUCUACGCCAAGAUACGGGAACCUGCCCAGCCCUCUCACGGACCAUCGACUUCCCAGCCCGGCCACGUCCACUCAGUUCAGAUUCUCCAGCGACCUCAGAGCCUGGAUGCUAAGCAGCAAGGUCCCCAGAUGCGUCAGGCGCCUAGCCCGCAGCAGCAUCCUCCUUCCGGUCCUGUUCAGCCUACGCAGAUCUUGCAAAAUCCGAAUCGCAUCUCUGGAGACGCUGCCCGCAUUGGCGUUCCCACUCAUCCAACACACGUCUCUCACGGCUCAAGCUCGGGAAUUCCGCACAUCCCCCUCCAGAUUCAGCCACAUCUCUCGGAAGAAGAAAAGACUGCAUUCCUUGAACAGGAAACGAGACGUGCAAAGAGAAACCACAAGAUCUGGCUCCUUUCCAAGGAUAAUGGCUUGAUGACCCCUCAGGAUAAGAAUUUCAUCACUCGCAUUCAGCUUCAGCAGCUUGUUACUGCAACCGGUAUUGCAACUGAGGAGGGCGAGGAGGCUUCGCUUAACGAUGACUUCUACUACCAAGUCCAUGCCUCAAUCCGUGCAGGCCAUCGCCAGAACCCAAGCCAACCCCUGCAUAACUUUGCGCAGACCUACCUUUACCAAACUGGCAGUCGCCACUCCGGUUCGCGACGGCAUGCGCGUGCGGCCGAGAAUCAUGUCCAGCGUAUGGAGCAGCAGGUUCAGCGCGCCGUCGAAGCCGCCAAGAAUAAGCCGAAGAAUCCCCAGCUAGUUAUUGCCGGGAGCCUGGGCAAGAUCUCUUACAGCAAUGCCAAGACCCCCAAGCCGCUUCUUAAUAUCAAGCGGCAAGAGGGUACUGGCGACGCCCACAGGCAUGCCGGUUCCAAGAAGCCCCACGGUACCCUUGAUAGGAAGUCCGUCCUUCGGAACAUUGAGAAGGUAUAUUCCACGCUUAUGAAGCUCGAAGACCAUGCUCGCCAUAUGCCGCCUCCCGACCCGUCUCUGCAGGCUCAACACGAACAAUGGGUAACCACUACCAAGGCUCUCAAUGCCGAGCUUUGGGAUAAUCUCAAGGUCCACGAACCUAUUGGCGCAACAACCCUGCAUCCUUUCAUCGCUUUUUUGUCUUUCAAUAAGGGAAAGAAGGCAAUUCCUAGGGUAUUCCGCCACCUGACUUUCGAGCAGCGAGCUACCAUCCUCACCAUGAUCAUCUUCCACCUUGAUCAGCUAGAUGUUGUGAAGGGAGCACAGGUCAACACUGGAGACACCGAUCUGAAUGCAGCUCUCCGCGAAAAGAUUGAGCUCUUCUCAGUCGUCGUCAUGCCAAGCAUUUUCCAGUUCUUCAACGAAACCAAUUUGGACAUUGUCGAUGGUGCUCUUGAUCUUAUAAACGACAAACUUAGUGUUGACCUUAUUGCGAAGACGAGGAUCGGCACCUCGAUGCUGACGUUGAUUCUAAGCCGUGCAGAGCUUCUUAAACAGGCAGGUGGCGGAACGCCUGAGCAGUGGAGCAAGUGGGAAUCUACAUUCAACACCUUCUUCAACAUCAUCGAACCUACUCUGCCCCAUAUCUUCCCUGGAAGCAUCAAUUCCGGCGAAGAUAUCUACGUUUGGCAGCUCCUAGCCGCUAUUGGCGUGAGCUCCUCUCCUGAGCAGCAGCAGCGUCUGGUUCUUGCUGUCAAGGAUCGUGUCAUGGGCACAGUCAACCACGCUAAGACUCUUCCGCAAGCCAUCGGUGCCCAGCGGCUCUCGAACGUCAAUUUAUUCAUGCAAUCUAUUGGUCUCGACGUGGAACUGCUUGGUUGA